GUUUUCUCGAUCACGAUCUCGUUCUCGUUCUUGUUCCUCACCCGAGUUCCAAAACCCUCGACGUCGAGUUUUCGAUCUCCGAUCAGCGAUGGCGCCCAAGGCCGAGAAGAAGCCCGCGGAGAAGAAGCCGGCCGCUGAGAAGCCCGCGGAGGAAAAGGAGAAGAAGUCCGUCGCCGAGAAAGCUCCUGCUGAGAAGAAGCCCAAGGCCGGGAAGCGUCUCCCAUCCAAGGACGCCGCAUCUGGAGAGAAGAAGAAGAAGAAGAUGAAGAAGGGGAGCGAGACCUACAAGAUCUACAUCUUCAAGGUUCUCAAGCAGGUCCACCCUGAUAUCGGGAUCUCCAGCAAGGCUAUGGGUAUCAUGAACUCCUUCAUCAACGAUAUCUUCGAGAAGCUCGCUCAGGAGGCAUCUCGCUUGGCUCGCUACAACAAGAAGCCGACCAUCACGUCCCGGGAGAUCCAGACCUCUGUUCGUCUUGUUCUUCCUGGAGAGCUCGCCAAGCAUGCCGUGUCGGAGGGUACCAAGGCUGUCACCAAGUUCACCAGUUCUUGAAGCAGCUACGCGAUGGUUGUGCGGCCAUCGGUUUGGUGUGAUCUGGUCUCUUUAGCGUUUGCCUUCAUUUAGGGUUUCGAAUCAAUGAAUUCUAGGGUUUCGAUCUUUGAUGUAUGAUACUCCCUUGUAGAUAGGGAACCAACGUCGCUUGAUUCUGCAAUAUAUUUUGACUUUUUAA